AUGACGUUUUUUUGCUGUUGGUGACACUGACAGCAUGUGCUGCAAGUCCUCAAGAUCUGUCAGGUAAAAUGUUCACCUUUCCGCAAGAAACCAACUCAGCUCAUGUGAUUCUGACACCAAAACCAAUACAGGAAUUGAGUGUUGUAACCGUCUGUCACAGGUCCUUUACAGACCUCAAACGAGAACACGCUCUUUUCUCUUUGGCCACACAAACUUAUACCAAUGCCUUCAUGAUUCAAUGGGACGAAAUAAAGAAGGAGAUACAGCCCCAUAUCAGGGAUCAAAAGACACAAUAUAGAGGGCAGGACUACAAACCAAACAUGUGGCACUCCGUUUGUACCACAUGGGACUCUUCAUCUGGACUGGUGCAGGUGUGGUUUGAUGGACAACCUUCUAUUAGGAAAUAUAUCACGUCUGAAGCAAUCAGAGGAUCCCCUGUGAUUAUCAUAGGACAGGAACAGGAUACCCAUGGUGGGGGGUUUGACCUGAAGCAGUGUUUCGUUGGCAUGAUGUCUGAUGUCCACAUGUGGGACUACACCCUCUCCCCAUGUGAGAUGCAGAAGUAUGUGGAUGAUCUAAACUUCACUCCAGGGAAUGUGCUCAACUGGAGUGCGAUGGAGUUCCAGAUUAUAGACAAAGUGCUGAUAGAAAAUAAAUUGACCUGUCACUAAAAUGUGAACAAUGCCAUCUAUAUAUUAGAAAGGGAGAAAUCUCAUUGUCCGUGCUUUUAUGUUCACUGUAAAGUACAAGUUACCAGUGUCAGUGUGUUAUGUUAAAUAAUUGUUUGUAAAAGGACCUUUUCUGAUUUAUCUUAAUACAACAAUUACAUAAAAAAGUU